UGACGACACGUUGGGGAGAGAAACAUGGCGGACAGCAGUGAGGAAAACGUGAAGCCAAACACAGAUGAACCACUCGAGGAUUCGGACAGUGGUGAUGAUAACAGUCAGUCUAACAGCGGCGAAAACGACGAGGCAGUGAAGAGCUUCAAAGAUCUGGGUGUCACUGAGGUCCUGUGUGAGGCUUGUGAUCAGCUGGGAUGGAAGAGUCCAACAAAGAUCCAGAUAGAAGCCAUUCCUGUGGCCCUGCAAGGGAAGGAUGUUAUUGGCCUGGCAGAGACUGGUUCAGGAAAGACGGGCGCCUUCGCUCUGCCCAUCCUGCAGUCGCUGCUGGCCUCGCCUCAGAGGCUCCACACCCUCGUCCUCACCCCCACCAGGGAGCUGGCGUUUCAGAUCUCUGAGCAGUUCGAGGCCCUGGGCUCCAGCAUCGGUGUCAAGUGUGCUGUGAUAGUCGGAGGGAUCGAUAUGAUGUCCCAGUCUUUGGUGUUGGCUAAAAAACCUCACAUCGUUAUUGCCACACCCGGUCGGUUGAUAGACCACAUGGAGAACACAAAGGGCUUCUCCCUACGAGUGCUGAAGUACCUGGUCAUGGACGAAGCAGACAGAAUCCUCAACAUGGACUUUGAGACUGAGGUGGAUAAAAUCUUGAAGGUGAUUCCAAGAGAAAGACGCACCUUCUUGUUCUCUGCCACAAUGACCAAAAAGGUCCAGAAACUACAGAGAGCAGCUCUGAAAGAUCCUGUGAAGUGUGCCGUCUCCACCAAAUACUCUACAGUAGACAAACUGCAGCAAUAUUACAUCUUCAUACCAUCGAAGUACAAGGACUGUUACCUGGUGUCCAUCCUGAAUGAACUGGCUGGCAACUCUUUUAUGAUUUUCUGCAGCACAUGUAAUAAUGCCCAGCGGGUGGCACUGUUGUUAAGGAACCUUGGCAUCACGGCUAUCCCUCUUCAUGGCCAGAUGAGUCAGAACAAACGUCUCGGAGCACUCAACAAGUUUAAGUCAAAGUCUCGCUCGGUGCUGCUGGCGACCGACGUGGCGUCCAGAGGACUGGACAUUCCUCAUGUCGACUGCGUCAUCAACUACGACAUCCCCACUCACUCCAAGGACUACAUCCACAGAGUGGGACGAACAGCCAGAGCGGGACGAUCCGGGAAGUCCAUCACUUUUGUCACUCAAUAUGAUGUAGAGCUUUUCCAGCGAAUCGAAAGCCUGAUUGGGAAGAAACUUCCAGCCUUCCCCACCCAGGAAGAUGAAGUGAUGAUGUUGGUGGAGAGGGUGAGCGAGGCUCAGAGAUUUGCCCGACUGGAAAUGAAAGAGCAAGGUGAGAAAAGGAAAAGGCCCAAAGGAGGAGACGGAGACGAGGAUGACACAGAACAAGCAAGCGGAGUGAGGAAGAAAGUUAAAGGAGGAGGAGGAGGAGGUAAAGGAGGGAUGAAGAAGAGGGGUGGAGGAGCCUGGAGGGGAGGACGCUGAAUCCUCCUCCACUAACAGACUGUACAUAACCACAACACACAAUGCCUUUCUUGUAUUUGAUGUAAAACUUGGCAGCAUUUUUCCAGCCUUUCAUAUGGAAGCUAUUUAAUGACACAUGCUUCUCCUGCCUCCAUAUGACAUCUUUCCAUUUGUAAUAAAAUGCCACUGUAAAACCCAGA